CACGGCUCAGCGCAUGUAGGCAGGCAGGAGGGGGAAGCACAUCCUCAGAGAGGACAUAAGAAGAGACGGAAGUCCGGACGGACCCUGCAGAACGACGCAAGCCGAUAUCAGCAGCCGCCGCCGCUACGUGUGAGGCGAGGUCAUCGCUGUACCGCGGUUCUCUUGAUCCAGCACUAUUAUCUGUGUAUUAAAUGAUGUGUAGGUGGAGGACUGGGUAGGAAACCCCCAUAAAGCCAACCAAGAAAAGGAACCGGGAUCACAUGCUUGGUAUGGACUGACAGGUCAGCUGAAAGCAGAUCACAGUGGCUUUGCUUGGAAGUUGACAAUGGUGGUGUUUCUGAUUGGGAUCUCUAUUGCUGUGAAUAAUUCUUCUCAUGAGAACCAAACUGCAGGAAACUCCACCCAUCAAGGUGCUCAUGUGUUGCCUUCAACGCUGGUUAUAUCCCUGCUUCUUAUCAUCAUUGUCCUGCUGACAAUCUACUGCCUGAGGUUCAAAAACCACAGGAAAGCUCUAGUUACCUCGGUGGAUAAGAAAAUUCCAAAUGGCUUCCUGGACGAGCAAGGAGAGCAGACAGUGGUCCUCCUCCCAAGAUCUCCUUCACCAUCCAAGAGGUACUUCCCUAUCCCUUUGGACUCAUUGGAGGAGGAGUACCGGAUACGCUCCGCAGAUGAUGGCAAGCUCUUCAGAGAAGAGUUCAAUUCACUGCCAUGUUACUACCACCACGGGUCCUUUGAGGAGGCGAGCAGGGAGCACAACAGAGAGAAAAACAGAUACCCAAAUAUUUUACCAUACGAUCAUUCAAGGGUGGUGUUAAGUCAUCUUGAUGGACACCUGUGCUCAGACUACAUAAAUGCAUCUUAUAUAGAUGGUUAUAAAGAAAAGAACAAAUUCAUAGCAGCUCAAGGCCCAAAGCUUGAGACAGUGGCUGACUUCUGGCGGAUGAUUUGGGAACAGAAAACAGCAACUAUAGUAAUACUGACGAAUUUAAAAGAAAGGAAGGAGGAAAAAUGUUAUCAGUACUGGCCAGAAAAGGGCUGCUGGAUGUACGGGAACAUCAGGGUGGCACUGGAGGAUGUCACUGUACUGGUGGACUACACCAUUAGAAAAUUCUGUGUUCAAUAUCAAGGCAGCGACGGUCCCAGAGCUCCUCGGCUGGUCACCCAGCUCCACUUCACCAGCUGGCCAGACUUCGGAGUGCCAUUCACACCCAUCGGCAUGCUGAAAUUCCUCAAGAAGGUCAAAGCUGUCAAUCCAUCCUACGCUGGACCUAUUGUUGUGCACUGCAGUGCCGGGGUUGGGCGGACUGGGACAUUCAUUGUCAUUGACAGCAUGAUCGACAUGAUGCACAUGGAACAGAGACUGGAUGUCUUUGGGUUUGUGAGCAGAAUACGAGAACAGCGCUGUCAACUGAUCCAGACAGAUAUGCAGUACUCCUUUAUCUACCAGGCUCUGCUGGAGUACUAUCUGUAUGGAGACACAGAGCUAGAUGUGUGCUCUCUGGAGGGCCAUCUGCAGAGGCUUCACAACACCAGGGCUCCCCACGACAGGCUGGGCCUGGAGGAGGAGUUCAGGAAGCUGACCAACGUUCGCAUAAUGAAGGAGAACAUGAGAACUGGGAAUCUUCCUGCCAACAUGAAGAAGAACCGCGUGCUUCAGAUCAUUCCGUAUGAUUUCAACCGAGUAAUACUCUCAGUGAAAAGAGGACAGGAGUUCACCGACUACAUCAAUGCCUCCUUUAUUGAUGGCUACAGGCAGAAGGACUAUUUUAUCGCAACCCAAGGCCCACUGUCUCACACAGUGGAGGACUUCUGGAGGAUGGUGUGGGAGUGGAGGUGCCAUUCAAUCGUUAUGCUCACCGAACUCAAAGAGAGGGAGCAGGAAAAGUGUUACCAGUAUUGGCCAUCAGAGGGCAGUGUAACAUUUGGAGAUUAUACCUUGGAGCUGACUGGAGAGACACAGUGUGAAACCUUCACUCUCAAAGACAUGGUUCUCACCUACAGACCAGAAAAGCAGUCGCAACAUGUCCGACACUUCCACUUCCACGGAUGGCCUGAGAUUGGAAUACCAGCCGAGGGAAGAGGGAUGAUUGACAUUAUUGCCGCUGUGCAGAGGCAGCAGCAACAGUCUGGAAACCGUCCCAUAAUUGUGCACUGCAGUGCCGGUGCAGGACGGACUGGUACCUUCAUUGCCCUCAGUAAUAUUCUGGAAAGAGUGAAAGCUGAGGGCCUCCUGGACGUUUUUCAGACAGUCAAGAGUUUACGCAUGCAGAGACCACAUAUGGUUCAGACUGUGGAGCAAUACGACUUCUGCUACAGAGUGGUCCAGGAUUUUGUUGACAUUUUCUCAGACUACGCCAAUUUCAAAUAGUGUAAUAACGCUCUGUACGCUUUGUGUCAAAUUAACGUAUGCAAUUUUUUUCUGAAUGUUGUUUUCUAAAAGAAGCAAUUUUUACAUUUUGCACUCGAUUACAGAACUAAAAGAAAUGAUGUAAUAUACUUUAAUACAAUUGAAAACAUCUGGUCCACAGGAAAAGCUGUUUUUUUUGAGAAUGUAUGAUUAAGAAUGAGAGUAAGAAUUGGGGUGCAAGAACCCCAAUGUAAAAAUCUAGGCUUUAAAAUGUUACUUAAUGGCUUGGAUAAAAUGACUGAAUAUGUAAUAAUUAUUUUUAAUGUUGAGAAAUCCAACAUUUUUCCUUUGUUUCAUUUCUGAUCACAAUGCCUCGGGUUUACAUCGUGUUUAUGUUGCACACUUAACAUGUUUGAUUACUGUGGAGAGGGGAAAAAAACGUGUUUCACAAAUAAGAUACAAUUAUUAAUAAUUUCUCUAAAAUAAUAUCUUGCCGGGUAUGUGUAACUAGUAUUUAUGAUCUGAUUUUAUUUCAAACUAAAACAUAAAAUUCAGACACAUUUCAUUCUGUUAGACGCUGCAAAUUACCUCACUUCUGUCUGGGAAUAACUUAACAGCUGCUGCCUGCUGCUAUAUUAUUCAACCUCACCAACUUUCUUUUUGCCUGUGGCAAUAUUACUUAGUGGAGUGGUGCCUGACUCUGCAAAAUGCAAUUAGCCCACAUUGGAAUAGGCAGAAAAUGUUAUUAUAUGAAUUCAUAUGUAUCAUCGCAGUCACAUUUUGCUUAAACAUUGUGGUACACUUUUUUUUUUUUUUUUUUUGCAUUUUUGCAUAAAGCAGUGCCAUAUUGAUUAGAAGGAGUUCUAGUCACGAAAGACUUGUCACCAAGUGACACAAUUUUAAUAAAGAUAAGACAGAUGUUUACUGUAUGUUUGAUUUAGAUAUAAUAUAUAAAUUUUUUUUUAAAUGCUUUGCUUUUGAAUGGUGGUCUCACGUAUGGAUCAUCCGUUAACUGUUUGCAGAAACACUUCCCAGAAUAUAAAUGAUAUAUAAGUGUGUAAGAAGAGAAAGGAAAAACACAGUAGAAAUUUGUGAAACAGCUGAUAAUUGAUGCAGCUAAACUUUAUUCCUUCACAGGAAGCGAGAGAGAGAAAAGCAUUGAUCUUAAAAAAAAAACAAAAAAAAACAAUGCUGAGGCAAAAUAUGAAUCAUGCACACGCUGGCAUUUUUUGAUUAUGAUAGCUACAGUUAUCUCGGGUUCAUAUUUAAAUAGCAACAUUGCUGCAAAAAAACCCCAAAAGCGUAUAUUUUUGCAAGGCUUCUACUCGGGAGUUUUGGUGAAGAACUUUCUACUGUGUUUGUACUUUCAUUAUCAUAACUUUGUAAGAUUGGUUUAUACAUGACACACUGAUCAUUUUCUUCAUUUAAUUUUGUGUGUACAUAAAUACUAGUGGUCAUUGAUCAUCACUAAGGUUUACUGCAUUGUUGACUUGAAUCUUUUCUCAUGUAGAGGGAAUAAUAUGAAAUAAGGGUAAUGACAGUGAGACCUUGUUGCAGAUGUAAGAAGCGCUCAAGCAUCUUGUUUUGUUGAUGUUUCUGCCUUUUCGAUCUGUAUGGAUUUGAACGUUGUUUUCUGAAAGCUGAAUCUAAUAAAUAAUUGAUGGUAAGGAA